AUGUCGGACAGCAAGGACGUCAUCACCGCCUACUCCAACUAUGACCCGAACAAGCAAGAGCAGAACCUGCCUGGCUUGGACCAGAAGAUGGACCCGCUGGCCGAACACGUCCUUGUCGAGAAGUGGGACAACAAUGGGAAGCCAUACUUGGAAGAGUACAAGGGCACGGGCAAGCUGGCCGGAAAGAGUGCCAUCGUGACGGGCGGCGACAGCGGCAUUGGACGCAGCGUGGCCCUCUUCUUCGCCCGCGAAGGCGCCAAUGUCACAAUCAACUACCUGUCCGAAGAGCAGGAAGACGCGGAAAAGGUCGUGGAGCUCGUUAAGGCCGCUCCCAUGGGGACCAAGGAACUGCACCUCGUCCCUGGCGAUUUGCGCGAUCCCAAUUUUUGCAAGUCGCUCAUCGACUCGCACGUCGCCAAGUGGAAGUCGCUCGAUGUGCUCGUCCACAACGCAUCCAAGCAGAUCAGCGUCAAAGACAUUGCCGACAUCGACAUUGCCAACGUCGAGUCUACAUUCCAGUCCAACAUUGUUGCCGCUUUCAGCCUGAGCAAGCACGCUGUCCCGCACAUGAAGCGCGGCAGCUCCAUCAUUGUCUCUGGCUCCGUCACUGGAUUCAAGGGCUCGGCCGACAAGCUCGACUAUGCCUCAACAAAGGGCGCUCUGCACUCGUUCAGCCGCAGUCUGGCACAACAGCUUGCCCCCAAGGGCAUCCGCGUUAAUGGUGUGGCUCCGGGUCCUGUCUACACGCCGCUCCAGCCAGCCAGUCAGUCAGCCGAGAAGAUGGACGGAUGGGCGGUAGGUGUGGAGCCCCUACACGGCCGGCCAGGGCAGCCCGCCGAGCUGGGCCCCUCUUACGUCUUUUUGGCCGAUUCGGGCGCAUCGAACCUCAUCACGGGCUCCACGCUUCACAUCAACGCCGGCGUAUGGAUGGGUGCGUAG